AUGACCUCUCAAGCUGGUACAGGGGCAUGCACUCUAAAUCUCUUCCUGCUGACUUUCAUCCUGGGUACUGGUGGCACCUUCCAGUAUGGGCUACACAUCUCCCUAAUCAACUCCCCUGCAGAGUAUAUUCAAAGGUUCAUCAAUACAACUUGGCACCAUCGGUAUGGUUCUUCCCUCCAGCCACACAGCAUCAAGUUGUUCUGGUCCUUCAUUGUAUCUGUCUACAGCAUUGGGGGCUUGCUGGGGUCCUUCAUGGUUGGGUACCUAUCUGUAAAGUUUGGAAGGAAACGAACCCAGCUAUAUAAUAAUUUAGCCUCAAUUCUGGGUGCUUCUUUGAUAGGUCUCAGUUUGACUGCUGGAUCAUUUGAGAUGAUUAUACUGGGGAGAUUCCUCUAUGGUUUUAAUGCAGGGGUGAGUCUAAACCUCCACACUAUGUAUAUUGGAGAGUGCGCCCCCCAGAGGCUACGUGGGAUGAUUACAGUAACAGUCUCCCUUUUUAUUGCCCUUGGAAAGCUGAUGGGAUUUGUGGUUGGACUCAGGGAGCUUUUGGGCUCAGAAGUCCUUUGGCCCUAUCUUAUGUCAGUCAGUUGUAUUCCCGCUUUGAUCCAAUUGCUGGUGCUGCCCUUUUUCCCAGAAUCUCCACGGUACCUCCUCAUUGACAAGGGUGAUAAAGAUGGAUGCCUGAAGGCUAUGCAGAAACUAUGGGGUCCGGGGGAGCACAAAUAUGAGCUGGACGGCAUGCUAGCAGAGAAGAAGGUGAUAGAAGGAGAACAGUCAAAAAGUGUGAAGGAUCUUCUGAAGGAUCGCUCUGUGCGCUGGCAGAUGUUUACAUUGGUGUUGGUCUGCGGGUUCAUUCAACUCAUCGGAAUCAAUGCAGUGUACUUCUAUGCAUAUGAGGUUUUCAAGAAAGCUGGAAUUCCAACUGAUCAAAUCCCGUAUAUUUCACUGGGAAUUGGUAUCACUGAAAUUCUCACAACCAUGUUAUGUGGGUCUCUUAUUGAUCGUGUGGGCAGGAAGAUUCUUUUGUGGGUGAACUAUGGACUAAUUGCACUUACCCUGACACUGCUUACUGUCACCCUCUCUCUGCAGGACUUGUACUCCUGGUUCCCAUAUGUCUCCUCGAUGCUUAUUUUCAUCUUUACACUAAGUUUCGGUUUGGGACCUGCUGGAGUUUCCUGUGUCCUCCCGACUGAGAUGUUCGUUCAGUCAUACAGACCAGCCGCAUAUGUUUUAAUUGGAACCCUCAAUUGGCUUGGAUUGUUUAUUCUGGCCUUGGCUUUCCCCUUUAUUGAGGAGGCACUUGGGAGUUUCUGCUUCUUGAUCUUCAUGGUUUACUGUCUGUCUAUGUCUGUGUUCUCCUUCCUCAUGGUGCCAGAAACCAAGGACAGAAGCAUUCUGGAGAUUCUGGAUUCCUUUAAACAGCUCAACUUUAAAAAACAGGGAAACAAAAAAAUCUGUGCUACCCGGCUAUAG